UCGUGAGUGCGUAUGUCGGUGUGUGAGUCACUUGCUGUUUAUCCUCAUAGCUUGGGGAUAGGAGUUAUCAUUGAACCUGGUGGUCAGUCUUUAGGCUGCUGUACAACUUGAAGGACCGUAGAGAAUUGAACGUUUAUCAUCCUAUAUUUGGGGUUUUGAGAAUAAAACAGCUUCAGAACAAUCAAGGUGGAAAAAUGUGUUAACAGUACAGCAGAUCUACAGAUCUGUUCAGGAAGUGAUUGUUGUUGAUGAUGAUGAUGUAUGUUGUAUUUCACCAGCUAGUGAGUUGUUGUUUAUGUUUCUAAGACUGCAGGGUGGGAGACGCAACAAUGGCUUUGAGAAAAGCAGGAAGUGUGUUGGUGGUCUUUUUCUGGUCUGUGGCAGUUGUAAUGGGUCAGGAUGGCUGGAGUGUGACAUACACCCCUCAGAGUAUCUGUGCCUUGAGGGGGUCAACAGUUGACCUGACCUGCUCUUACACAUAUCCCAGUGGUACAGUCACAACAACCCUCUGGUUCACUAAAUGGGAGACUGGUGUAGAACCUGAAUAUCUAGGACAGGACCCAGAAUAUGCAGGUCAUGUGGAGUAUCAUGGGGAUAAGGAGAAAGACUGUACCCUGAGAAUCAAAGACCUGAGAGAGAGAGACUCAUCUACGUACUGGUUCAGAUUAUUAACAGAUCAGGAAGGAGGGACAUAUACUGGAAGUCCUGGAGUCACUCUGUCUGUCACAGUUUUUUCUCCAGGUCUUCGGGUGAAGGUGACUGGUGGACAUCAGGAUAAGACACUGACCUGUAGCACCACCUGUACUCUGACUGACAACCCCACCUACAUCUGGUACAAGAACGGACAACAUCUAGAUGAAAGCACCUCACCCCAGUACAAAAGCUCAGUCUCCAGCAACUACAUUGAUGGUUAUUCCUGUGCUGUAAAAGGCCAGGAGGAUCUCCACUCUCCUGCAGUGUGUGUUCAGGGUCAGGACUGCAACAGAGUAACUUACACCAAGAGGAGAAUCUGUGUCUUGAAGGGGUCAACAGUGGACAUAUCCUGUACUUAUGUUGGGUAUAAUAGAGUCAAAUCAUCACUUUGGUUUAGUCCUAAACGGAGUGCUAGUUGGACUAAUAAGUUGACACCUGAGGACCUAACCAGAGACCCAGGGUAUGCAGGUCGUGUGGAGUACACUGGAAGAGAGAGUGAAACAUAUGAAGGUCCCUCCUCCCUGAGAAUCUCAGAUUUGAGAGAGGAGGACUCAGCUGAGUAUCGCUUCGCUUUUAAAACUCCAAACUUUGAAUGGGGUCAUAGUUUCCCAGGAACAACUCUGUCUGUCACAGGUCUGCAGGUGAAGGUGACUCCUGCUGCAGAGGGACAGAAGACACUGACCUGUAGCACCACCUGUACUCUGACGGACAACCCCACCUACAUCUGGUAUAAGAACGGACAACGUCUAGAUGAGCCCACUUCCCAACAACACUCUAGUAAUAACUUAGUAGUGUUGGGUCAUUCUGCGGAUAGUUACUCCUGUGCUGAAAACACCACGAGGACUUCCCCUCUCCUGCAGUGUAUGCUCCAAAGAACACCUCAGUGUCAGUCAGUCCCUCUGGUGAAAUAGUGGAGGGCAGUUCAGUGACACUGACCUGCAGCAGUGAUGCCAACCCACCUGUGGACAAAUACACCUGGUACAAGAAGAAUGUAGCCUCACCAAAAGCAUCAGGACAGAGUUACAGCAUCACUAACAUCAUCUCUGAGGACAGAGGAGAAUAUUACUGUGAGGCUGAGAAUACAAUAGCAUCUAAUAACUCUACAGCUCUGAUGAUCAUUGUAGCAGUGAAACAGACCUCAGUUAUGACUGCAGCUGUAGGAAUCAUAGUGAUUGUUCUGGUUCUCAUCCUCUGUCUCUCUGGACUCAUGUGGUUCAGGAGAUCCACAGGUGGAAGUGAUGCCACAGCAGACACACAGAGUGUCCGUCCUGACUGUAACAGUGACACGUACACAGCUCUGAACAUGAGGACCAUGUCCCCUGACUACGACACUCUGGCAAAUGUCCAUCCUGACCCUAACAGUGACAUGUACACACCUCUGAACAUGAAGACCAGGUCACCAGAGUAUGACACCCUGGCAAAUGUGAGGGGACUCUCCCACUGAAGACAAUCCCCACAGGACCUGGACUGAAGAGCUACAGUUCCAAGCUAAAGCUAGGCCUCACUCCUCUAUUCUCUUGCUAUCAUAUCUAUUAUGUUUUCCAGACCAUGAACUUUAGCUU